AUGGUCCGUGGCGGUAUUCGUGGACGGGGACGGGGACGAGGCACUGGCAGAGGCAGCGUCCGAUGGCAGCCAUCGCAAAGCGUUGAACAAUCAACCAAUGCAGAAAGCACUCCACCCGUCGCCCUUCCCGCCGACCGCGAUAUCAUGGCCGGUCUCCGCCCGACGCCGGUCGGAACGCUCCCCGUCCCCCGAGCCCACGCAGGAAACGCCGCGGUCGUUAUCGCGGAUGUCAAGCAGCUGGGCUCGUGCAACUGGACGGGGGCCGACACGCCGACAAUCGUCGUCCCAGGGACUCCGCGGGCUUGGGCCGAGCCAGCACUGCCUCUCCAGGUCGAGCCCGACACGGGCGUCAUCUGGGACCAGGACGCCCUCUCCGCGCCGGCCGGGAAGACGCUUGUUGCGCUCAUCGCGACAGUCGAUAAGACGCAUGCUAUCCAGUGCCGCACUGCGCACGCACCCGAGAUGCCGUUUGACUGGGCGGGCGAGCAAAUCGACUUCGUCACCGACCGCACGAACUUGCGCAAGCUGCUCCGGUGGAUCAACGUCAACGUCCAGCCGCCAGAUGACCGCGACCCGGGAGACGACAGGCAAAGGAAGGACUGGCGGAUCAACAUGCAGCUUGCCCCCGGCGGACGCACGGUGCUCUUCGAGCGCUGGGAGAAGCGUGAUUACACGGCGAUGAGCGGGUUUACGUUUGGCUUCAACUUCGAGACGGCGUCGACGACCGCGCCGCGUGGCGCACCGCAGAGCUCCUGGCAUCAUCGGAUCGUCAGCUACAAUCUCAACGGGCUGAAAAUCGUCGUGCGGUUCGAAGUCGAUGCCUACAUCCCUGCACCCAUCCACCGAAGCUCGGCCGGCGCGCGCUCCAGGGCGGAUGAGACCAGCUCGCAAUUGGAGGAUCUGGCCGCCCAGCUGGCCACCACCACUAUCGCCCAGUCGGCGCCCGGGCCGGCAGCAACCGAUGUAGAGCAUGAUUUCGGUGUCUCGCCCACGUCGACGCGCGCCACGGCGUCGCCCGAGCCGUUCGUGCAGGACCACGGGAUCACCGUCAUCGAGGGCGGCACACACAUCCCGCAGGCCGCGCUCGUCGAGCUCACCACCCGCUCGGCCUUCCGCGCACAGGAGAUCAACUGGGCGGAGGACUUCCCCCAAAUCUUUCUCACGCAGACGCCGCACCAUUUCCUCGGCGUGCACCACCGCGGGCAAUUUGGCAGGGUUAUCAAGCGCCGGCUCGGCGCGGGGGAGCUGGCGCAGGUGGAGCAGGACCUGCAGCCGAGUCUGCUGAUGCUCGUCGGCGCGUUGAAAGAGAUCGCGGCGCUGGUGCGGGCCGGCGGCGCCCGGGGCCGGCUGACGCUCGUGUGUCGCGCAGGGCGGGUGCAGGUGUAUGAGCGGGAGAGCAUGGAGAGCGUGCUUCCGGACGAGAUGCUGGAGAGGUUUGAGGGGUGA